AUGGCCAAUAUAGAUAUGGGUAAUGUAGAUAUGGCUAAUGGAGAUAUGGUUAAUGUAGAUGUGGGUAAUAUAGAUAUGGCUAAUGUAGAUAUGGGUAAUGUAGAUAUGGCUAAUGUAGAUAUGGCUAAAGUAGAUAUUGCUAACUUCGAUAUGGCUAGUGUAGGUAUGACUAGUGUAGAUAUAACUGAUGCAUAUAUCACUAAUGUAUAUAUGGCUAAUGUAUAUAAUGCUAAUGUAGAUAUAACUGAUGCAUAUAUCACUAAUGUAUAUAUGGCUAAUGUAUAUAAUGCUAAUGUAGAUAUGGCUAAUGUAGAUAAGGCUAAUGUAGAUAUGGUUAAUGUAGAUAUGGCUGAUAUAAAUAUGGCUAGUGUAGAUAUGGCUAAUGUAGAUAUGGCUAAUGUAGGUAUGGCUAAUGUAGAUAUUGCUAACUUCGAUAUGGCUAGUGUAGGUAUGGCUAGUGUAGGUAUGGCUAGUGUAUACCGCUAA